CCUGAUAAACACAGGGUGGUCUAAGUGUGCUUUCAUGGCUGGAGGAUGGAGGGGUUCAUAUCUACGUUUCCGCCCUUCGGCUUCUGCGGAGUCCCGAGCCCUAGCAGUGCAUGGGGCAAAAGAGAGGGCCGCCUCAUUACUCCUCAUGGCCUCAACUACCUGGAACUCUGCAAAGCUCUCCUGUCCCAAGCCAGUCCCCCCGUCCACCCACAGCACAAAAAUGCCAACACCAAAGACUGUGGCGUCCAGGUGAACGCUAAAGUGCACAAACUCAUCCAGUGCUCGCUUGGUCCCAAGACCCUGUUCUGUGAGGACACAGAGGGCCCACUGUCCCCCAGGCCAUUCAGGAGCCCUGAUGUUUUACUUGCUGACGGGAGUCCUCACCUGCGCUUUUUGCGGCCCAUGUCCAUCUACUCCCCGAUGUUUGACCGCCGGCUCUUCCUCAAACAGCUCAAUGGGGGAGGAGACCGUGAGCUGGACACGACUGAGCUCGAGGGCAGCGUGACCGAGGACCACAGCGAGCCGGACAUGAGGCUUCACUUGGCCUCCAAAGGCCCCAGCUUGCAGUUUCUGGAGCAGAAAUAUGGCUUUUUCCACUGUAAAAAGUGCAAUGUCCGGUGGGAGAGUGCUUAUGUGUGGUGCAUCUCUGGAACCAGUAAGGUGUAUUUCAAGCAACUCUGCCGGAAGUGCCAGGUGGGGUUCAACCCCUACAGAGUGGAGUCGAUCCUCUGCAAGGGCUGUGCUCAGACUUCCUGCAUAUGUGAAAGAAAGCAGAGGCACAUCAACAUGAAGAGGCCUCAUCGCCAGGACCUGUGCUGUCGUUGUAAAGGCAUGAGGCUCUCCUGCGAUGCCACCUACAGCUUCAAAUACAUCGUCUGAACUGAUUGAACACUCCUACCCCUGAACACUGAAAGGCACUUUAAAUCUGGCAGAGGAUGCACCCUCCUGUCAGCACUCAUAGCAUAUGGAAGUUGCCUCUACUAAUGGACUAAAGUUAUUCAACUAUUCCCCAACCAGCGAGUAUCUGAAUCUGCCUGUUUUUUAUUGGAUGCAACUUUGUUGUGCAGCUUUUCCCCCCCAAAAUAGCUUGUUAAAAGUAUUUUUGUAUUUAAAAAAAAAUAAAAUAACUUCUGCAUCCC